GUUCCGCCGCCGGGCUUCCUGGCUUGGGCCUGUCACGGGCUUCGCCGCGGCCCGCCCUCCCUUUGCCAGAGCAGCGCUCCUCGCCAUGGCCUUCGCCACCCGCCAGCUCGUGCGCGCGGCCUCCACCGCGGCCGCCAAGAAGCUGGUGGUGAAGCAGGUGACGGUCAUCGGGGGCGGCCUGAUGGGCGCCGGGAUCGCCCAGGUUGCUGCAGCAACUGGUCACACUGUGAUUCUAGUGGACCAAACAGAUGAAAUAUUAAAUAAAUCCAAGAAAGGAAUUGAGGAGAGUCUGAAAAAGCUGACAAAGAAGAAGUUUGCAGACAAACCGGAGGAAGGUGCUCAGUACAUUGAGAAAGUGUUAAAGAACCUGACAACAAGCACGGAUCCAGUCUCCGUAGUACACAGUACUGACCUUGUCGUGGAGGCCAUUGUGGAAAACAUAGCAGUGAAAAAUGAGCUUUUCAAGACGUUGGAUAAGUUUGCACCAGAACACACGAUAUUUGCAAGUAACACUUCAUCCUUGCCAAUCACAGACAUGGCCAAUGCUACUACUAGGCAGGACCGUUUUGGGGGCCUGCACUUCUUCAAUCCUGUGCCUCUGAUGAAGCUUGUUGAGGUUGUCAAGGCACCAAUGACCAGCCAGAAGACUUUGGAAUCUCUUAUGGAUUUUAGCAGAGCACUGGGGAAGACCCCAAUAGCUUGCAAGGACACCCCUGGUUUUGUUGUCAAUAGACUGCUUGUGCCUUACCUGAUGGAGGCUCUUCGGCUUUUUGAGAGGGGAGAUGCAUCAAAGGAAGAUAUUGACGUUGCCAUGAAGCUGGGGGCUGGCUAUCCCAUGGGCCCGUUUGAACUUUUGGACUAUGUUGGCUUGGAUACCACUAAAUAUAUUAUCGAUGGGUGGCAUUCGUUAGAGUCUGACAAUCCUCUCUUUGCUCCAAGUCAAAUGCUGAAUAAACUGGUAGAGGAGAAAAAAUUGGGAAGGAAAACUGGAGAAGGAUUUUACAAACACAAAUGAACUUCAUGAUCUGUAGAGUUCGCCAGGUUGAUCCAGGAAAGGGUUAACUGUGUUCCACUUUCUAUAUACUUGGAAUGUCGCUUAAUCAAAGCCUUAAAAAUAGACCACACUAUGUAUGCUGUGCAUUUUGAUUGUAACGUCUGAGACAAUUGUUUCUCCCCGCUAACAAUUUAUUUCCUGGA